GUUCCCGGCGGCCCUCGCGGCAGGCUGCGGGCGUCAGGGCAGUUGGUGAUGGCGGCGGCAGGUUCCGCUGCUGUGUCGGGGGCAGGGACCCCGGUGGCGGGGCCCACGGGCCGCGACCUCUUUGCCGAGGGGCUCCUGGAGUUCCUGCGACCCGCUGUGCAGCAGCUCGACUCUCACGUGCACGCGGUCAGAGAAAGCCAGGUAGAGCUCCGGGAACAAAUUGACAACCUAGCUACAGAACUAUGCCGGAUCAAUGAGGAUCAGAAGGUGGCCUUGGAUCUGGACCCCUAUGUUAAGAAGCUGCUUAAUGCCAGGCGACGAGUUGUCUUGGUGAACAAUAUUUUACAGAAUGCCCAGGAACGGCUAAGGCGGCUAAACCACAGUGUUGCCAAGGAAACAGCUCGAAGGAGAGCAAUGCUGGAUUCAGGAGUUUACCCUCCUGGUUCUCCAAGCAAAUAAGUUGGGCCUGUGACCUGAGUGUACAAGUACUGUUCUCCAGCUGCCUUUUUUGGUAGCAAUGAGAAGAUCCCAGAAAAGUUUCUGUCGACCUUAGGUUUGUUUGAACUGUGUACUCGUUCGUGUAGUGGCCUCAAGAAACAUGCAUACUGCAGACUUUCCUAAAGAGCUUCCGUUACAGCUUGUGCUUCCAAUAAGCUUCUGCCUUUGGAUUUUGAGACAAGGUCUCACUGUGUAGCCCAGGCUGGCUGAAUGCUGAGAUUACAGGCAUGUAUCAAGGUGCCUGGCUCACGUCUACACAUUUUCCCACAGAGAAUGUUAAGGUUAGACAUCAUGUAGAAAGUUCAAAACACCAGAGUUAGUGCAGGAAUAUUUCCACUCCUUCCCCUCUGCGCUUUACCAGUUCCUCUCAUGGUCAUGACUCUUCCAGAUUCAUCUUUACAUAUAUAUCCUAUAUAUUUUAAUGUUUCUUAGCAAGGGUCACAACUAUUGCCUUCAUCAGUGCUGCCCUGGGAGAGCACAACAAACGAUAUGAAGAUCCGAGGUCAAGGGCAGAGCACAUUGACAGCUCAGAGUCCCUAAGCUUUUGUGUUUUUUUUUUUUUUUAAAGCUAUGUAUUUUAAGGGCUGGAGGGAUGGCUCAGUGAUUCAAGAGCACUGACUGUUCUUCCAGAUGAUGGAGUUCAGUUCCCAGCACCCACAAGGUGGCUCAUAGCAAUCUACAGUUCCAGAGGAUCCAAUGCCCUUUUCUGGCCUUUUGGGGCACAGCACACAUACAAGAUGCAGACAUAGAUGCAGGCAAAACAUCCAUUCACAUAAAAUAAAAACUUAAAGCUUCAUAGUUGGAGUUCCAACCUUUCCAGGCCUAGUUAACCAAUGUUGACCAUCCUGUCACUUGCUGUCUUAGAGGGAUUCCCUCUACCUGUGGUUUCACUUGUUUUGUUUACAACUGAGGACUUAGGCAAAGUCAAGGUAAAUCUAUCCCCUUGACUACCCUGGCUUGAAUGUUGAUAGUACUGGUCAACAUUAUUAAAUGCUUGUAAUCGGUUAUUAACAAAAAAGGAUUUAUCUUGCUUUGUGGUCUCAAAGGGUUCAGGACGUGGUCACCUAUUGUCAGACAUGAGUGUGUGGGAACCAAGCUUCUCCAUCUCCUGCUGGCCAAAAGAAGGGAAUGCCUGCUUUGUCUUUUAAGCCCUUUAUUCUGUCUGGGCACCCAGCUCGUAGGAUGAUUUCAUCCACAUCUAGGGUGAUAUUCUUGCUCAGUUAAUCCUCCGCAGAAAUGUCUUACCAAUCUCCUAAGCCACAACGACAUGAAAAUUAGCCACCACAAUGUUGAUGCACAAAAAAAGAGUUCCACAAUAACCCGGAAUGGUAGAGUUCCACAUCACAAGGCUUAAAUGUAUUCCAGUUUACUCGCACAAACAUAGAAAGAUUCCAGGAGUCUAUUAUUUUUAAUUUAUAUAGGCUGAAAUUGCAAUCUCAGUGUUUAUAAUAAAGAUUCAACUUUAAUUCUAAAUGAAGUGUAUAGAAGGCAAAAAUGAAUGCUACAUAUUGAAAAAUAAAACCAAAAGCCCAGCUAGGAA